AUGGGCGGCGCAGAUGCGGUCCGCCGCAAGAACUCCCCAUCUGCCGCCUGUCUGGACUUCACGCCCAGCGGACCCCCGGGCGUGGUCCUCACAGAACGGACGUACCAUCCCGCGAACACCACCGUCGCGAUCUCGAACGAUUACCUCGGCUUCGGAUCCUCCAGCCUGCCCGCGUUCUGCCGCCUUCAGUGCGUGAUCACCACGAACGCCACGGCAGGCUCAUUUGCCAACACUGAGAUCUGGCUCCCGGACGCUACGGCGUGGAACAAGCGCAUGCUCACCGUCGGGGGUGGUGGGCUCGCCGGAGGAGGUAUGAACGGCCGCGGCGUGCCCGUGUUUGCGGGUGUGGCUACCAACGGGGGCCAUAACUACUCAGGCUUCGACGGCACCUGGGGCGGACCCCAUAACGACAAUAUGCUCAUCGACUUUGGGUGGAGAGCCGUACACCUUAGUGUGCUGGCAGGCAAGGACAUCAUUGAGCAGUUCUAUAACCAGGCUCCGAAGGGGUCGUAUUACCUGAGUUGCUCUACCGGUAAGCCUGACGUCUUUACUGUCCUGAAAGAAACCCAAAUGUUCCCCGACAGCUUCGACGGCGUCGUCGUCGGCUCCCCCGCGAACUGGAUGUCCCGCUUGGUGUCGUGGGGCGCGCACCUCUCGCAGCUUGUCGAGCCCGCGACGUCCCCGCACUUCAUCCCGCAGGCGACGUGGACGGACGUGAUCGCGCCGGAGGUCAUGAAGCAGUGCGAUGCGCUCGACGGGGUUACUGACAAUGUCAUCAACGAUCCGUCCGCGUGCCACUUCCGUCCCGAGACCCUGGCGUGCGCCCCGAGCCAAAACCCCGCGACGUGUCUGAACGCGGACCAGCUCGCCAUUCUCCCGCAGAUCUACGAGGACUACUUUGAAGACGGCAAGUUCGUGUUCACCGGGUUCAACCUCGGCGGCGAGGACGUGUACUUUACGGACCUCACCAGUGAGACGCCCAACCCGCUCAUCACCAACUGGCUUCAGUUUAUGGUGCUCAACGAUACGACUUGGACGAUCGACCAGUAUAACUCGAGCGUGUACAAGAUCGCGGACGCGGUCAAUCCCGGGAACGCAAACGCGAUCAACCCAGACCUGAGCGCGUUCUCCGCGCCGCUGCACAAUGGGAAGGUGAUGCACUACGUCGGCCUCACGGACGAGAUUAUCAGCCCGCGCAACAGCUUCCACUACUACGAUACUGUGCGCGAUGAUGCGCUCCGCAGGGGCGUGAAUGUGGAUGAUUACUACCGCCUUUUCCCCGCACCCGGAAUGGACCACUGGUAUGUAAUGACGGAAGACACGCAGGGCGGCCACGGCGCAAAUUCCUUCGGCGGACCCUUCCAGCAGGUCGUCCCCAACGACCCCGAGCACGACAUCCUCGCCGCGCUCAUCCACUGGGUCGAAGACGGAGUCGCGCCGACCACUAUCAUUGCCACGAAGUUCAACAACGACAUCGCGGCGGACGGGGUCGCGUUCACGCGUCCGCUGUGCAUGCAUCCGAUGAAGGCGCGGUUCCGCGGAGGUGAUCAGAACGACGCGGCGAGUUUCGAGUGCGUCUGA